ACCCAAACACAAAUUCCGUUUUGUUUGUCUACCAUCAGAGCGUACCAUACCAAAUAAAUUUUGGGAAAAAAAAUUCAGUCUCUUUAGCCAACGCGUUGUGACAAAAACGAAAUUUGCGUCCACACCAAACCACCUACAAAGUAUUCGAAAACAAUUAACGCAUCGAAAUUAUGGUUAGCCAACAACAAGGUAUGGUCGACAUUCGUUUGGACUCGCCUCGUACACCUAAUCCAUACUCUGUACAAACGCCACUGUUCGAAGGCAGCGAGAGCCAGAAUAGACCAUGGCCAUCAGCAAAAUCCCAAGACGAUGGUAAACCCUAUGUGCGCUUCUAUGCAGUUGGUCCCAAAUCCAGAGAUAUCAUUUGCCCACUGUGCAAGGAGAAGUCUGAAUCGGUAACUGUUAUGCAUUCAGACCUUGUCGAUAGAUUGAAUUGUUUGAUGUCAUGUCUUUCGUGCUGCUUCCCCAUAUUUGCCAUCUCCUGCCUCUACACGAUGUGUUUCCAGGGCAGCUUCUCGAGUAAAAGAAAAUGUUGCAGAAAAUGCGGUGGCCAUUUGGGCUUGUAUACCAGGCCAAUGUGAAGAGUGAUGUAGGCCCUCCCUCCGCCACCCCCCCACUGCCGGCGAUUGUUGAUCAUAAAAUGUGAUACAAAUUUGUUUGAAAAUGUGAAAG